AUGGAAGAUAUUCCCAUUCACAACGUCCUGAAGCCGGUGAUAGAGAAGAAGAGGAGAGAUCGGAUUAAUCAGCGUUUAGAUGAACUGAGAACUCUCCUUCUGGACAACACACUGGACUCGAGAUUACAAAACCCUAAACUGGAAAAAGCAGAGAUUUUGGAACUCACUGUGGAGUACAUCAGGAAAAAAGCCACAAAUGCAAAAGAAAAUGCUGCAGGUUGUAACAGAGACCCGGGCGACUGUGUCGCCCCUGUGCUGACUGCCGGGAGACCCCAUGUGCCCAUCGCAGGGCUCCAUGAUGGCCCUAAUAUCCACGCUCAUGCCCCCACCAACCCGCUCUACACAGCCGGCUUCCAGGAGUGCAUCACUCGCCUGACCGGCUUCAUUGAGUGUGUCGAUCUGUCGCAGCGGGAGAACUUCAUCCAAGGCCUUCGCCAUCACCUGCAGUCACACACCAAUGCCCUUUCGCAGGUCAGAGGUCAUGGGCAGACUCAUGCGUGGAUCGGGGGUGAUGUCCGAGCGAGUGCUGAGCCCUUCUCAUUUGCUAGCGGGCUGUAUCCCAAUUCAUUUGUCCUGCAUCACCCAUAUCCAUCUCCUCCAUACUCGCUAUCUCCUCCUCCUUCACCCUGCUACUCCUCCUCCUCUCCAAAGUACCUCUCUGUCCCCUGCCACUUCCACUUCCCUCCGUCCAUCUCUCCUCCGUCCGACUCCUCCUCAUCCUCCUCGUCUUUCAAGGCGUCCACGCCAGCGGUCUCAGUGAGCUUAGCACCAGCGACCCAGGCUCCUCCACGACCUCUGACCCCUCACUGCAUCUCUGCCCAGCAGACUCUGAGGCGAGAGCUCUUCCCGAGUCACACACAUGCCAUCUGGAGGCCGUGGUGA